AUGGUGGUUGCUCGAUACCAACACAGGUGGCUCAAGGACGGAUUUUCGGCCAGGCUGGAAGUACGCCCGUAUACUGAGUUGGCGUACAGAAAGAAGCCCGAGAUAUCUGUCGCAAGGGCCGUUGGCCAGAUUCUACAGAGGUUCCAGCGUCAGAACUGCCGCAAGCUCUUAGUUGAGAUGCUGGACCGGCUCACGCCCGUGGAGAACGAGGAACGAGAGAAGAAGCGCGGGUUGCUUCGGAGGCCCGAAGAUGAAUCAUGUAUUGUGCUACGGGCUGGGAGGCUGGCACGCAACUUUCGACCGUCGCUUCUGGCCCGGGCAUGGGCCAUGCUGGUACGGGAGUGUAGGCAAACAAUAGCCACAUGCUUGCCGGGAGAUAUCGAGGACUCAUGCCCGUCUACCACCACCUCCGGCCAGACGUCGGCCAUCAUCGAGCCGCUCCUCCGCGGCAAGACGCUCCCUGGCUGGCGUCCCUCCCGGUCCCACCUGGAGAUGAUCGCGCGGUUCCCUCCCCCUCAUUCGAAGCUCAAACUCAUCAGCUUCGCCGGCGGCGCCCUCGGCUCGUCCACCGGCAACGCGCUGUCCGCCCGCAACCAGCUCCUGAGCGUCUGCAUAUCGACCGAAGUCGGCGCUGCGUUCAGCCACCUCGCCGACCGCGACAACUGA